AUGGUCUCAGCGAGCAUAGCCAAGCCCGAAACAAAAAAGACUUUACCUCUGGUUUUGAUGAAAUCUCUAAAGCAGCCUCUUUUAGCCGCCGUUAAACCUCGGCUCUUCUUGAUUGCCUUUCGCUAUUCUCAACCUACUCUGAUAAGGGAAUCUAUCAGAUAUAUUGACACCUACACCGUGAAUGUAGAAAAUAGCCAAGGAUUUUGGCUUAUUUUAUCCGCCAUGAGUAUAUAUAUUGGCCUUGCUCUAUCAACAGCUGUGUAUCAACACCGCAUAAAUAGACUGAAGCUCAUGACUAAAAGCUCCCUCAUUGGACUUAUCCAUGAUAAGAUUAUAAAGUCUCCUAGCGUUGCUUAUGAUAAUGGCGAAGCCACUACACUCAUGAGCACUGAUGCAGACAGUCUCGAUGGUAUUGGUGAAAUGAUUCAUGAAAUAUGGGCCCAGAUUAUUGAAGUACUGGUUGGAAUAGGACUACUAGCUAAUCAAGUUGGCUGGAUCUGGCCUCUGCCGCUCUUUCUGAUUUAUUUAUGCUCAUACGUGAGUCGAUUUGUUGCAAAGCAUUUACAGCCUCGUCAAAAAGCUUGGAACAAUGCAACACAAAAUCGUAUAGCUGCUACAAGCUCUGUGUUAAGCACGAUGAAAACCGUGAAAAUGCUUGGCAUUCAACAUAAUAUUACGAAUCGCAUUCAGGAACUUCGCAAAGAGGAGCUUUGGACGGCCUCAAAACUCAGAUGGGUCAUGGUUUACUACAACAUGUCUGCUAAUGCUCUCGGGAUAUUCUCUCCGGCCAUCACGCUAGUUAUUUCAGCUCUAAUAUCGGUGGCUCGUGGCGGCCACUUAAUUACAGAAACUGCAUUCACCACCGUAGCAAUCUUGAGCAUGGUCACACAUCCUGCAAAUAUGGUUAUGACUUUUAUACCUCGCGCACUGGCGGCGUUCGCUGGGUUUGAAAGAAUCCAGACAUUUUUACUUCAGGAAUCGUUACAAGACAGUCGUGGAAUACUACCGAAGGAUUCCUGGGACCCGACAUCUGGCGACUUGAUACAUCCCAGCCCUGCUGUUGAAAUACGUGAUCUGAGGAUUGGCCAUAAAAAGGUCAUCUUAGAUAACAUAAACAUUGAAAUAGCUGCUGGAUCGUUUACUAUAAUAUCGGGCCCUACUGCCAGCGGCAAAUCGACCUUGUUGCGCGCUAUUCUUGGAGAAGUAAACGCUGUCUAUGGGUCAAUUGGUCUGUCGACACGACAGAUAGCAUACUGUGCCCAGAAACCGUGGCUUCCCAAUGGUACAAUCAAAGAGGCAAUUUACGGGGCUACCGACAUUGAUAAUGUUAGCAACCCAUACCACGAAACGUGGUAUCAUGAGGUAAUAGGGAUAUGUUGUCUCACGUAUGAUUUCGAUUACCUCCCCGAUGGUGACCAAACACAAAUUGGCAGUAUGGGACUAAACCUAUCUGGAGGACAGAGACAGCGGGUGACUCUUGCACGUGCAUUAUUUGCACGUUAUGAUAUACUUCUGCUUGAUGACAUCUUCAGUGGACUGGAUGGUGAAACGGAGCAAACUAUCUUCGAUAAUCUAUUUGGACCCACAGGGUUAGUCAAACGGCUGAAGACAACUCUGGUCCUUGUUUCAAAUUCAUCUCAGCAUUUCCGAGCUGCAGAUCACAUUGUGGUUCUACAGGAUCAUGGAAUUCUAGACCAAGGGAGUUGGCAGAAUAUCAAGACCACAGCUGCAUCCGUGGUAAAGUCAUCAUUCAGCCACGGUAUCAAGGAAAAUGCUAUUCUAUCGGCAAAUUUUGAGAAUCUCAAUGCCCAGUUACGAGCAAAAGACGAGACUGAAAUAGAUCUUGCAAGACAGAGCGGAGAUCCCGCUCUAUACGGUUACUAUUUUGGUUUUAUUGAUUGGAGAAACCUUUUUCUAUUUACAAUGAGCACUAUGAUAUAUGCCUUUUUCGUUAUUAUUCCUCAAUACUGGCUUCAGUUAUGGACCGAGUCAGGUGUUGGAACUUCCGCCUUCUACGUUUGUGGAUAUCUCUUCCUAUCAACCAUGGCGUGGGCCUCUACCAGUGCUCAGAUGUGCGCACCUUUGCCAUACUUCUCUAAGACUGAUAUUGGUUCAAUCUUAAAUAGAUUUAGCCAAGACAUCCAGCUUGUUGACAAGCAGUUGCCAUCAGCGCUUCAGACUGUUGUAACUCAAAUCUUCAAGCUGCUCAUGCAGACGAUACUUCUUUGCAUAGCUGAAAAAUGGCUCACGAUGUCUCUACCAGCCUGCAUGCUGUUGGUUUAUAUCAUACAAAAGGCAUACCUUCGGACAUCAAGGCAGCUCCGAUUUUUGGAACUCGAGUAUCGCGCAGAGGUGUUUUCGGAUUUCUUGGAAUCUAUUGAGGGGCUUGAAACAAUACGGCCGUUUGGUUGGUCCAAACACGUAAUAAAACACAAUGUCCUAAGUGUUGAGAACUCUCAACGUCCAGAAUUUCUCCUUUUCUGUCUCCAGAGGUGGCUCAAUAUCGUCUUGGAUCUUCUGGCUGCUGCUAUUGCAACAAGUGCUGUUGCUAUAGCUGUGGUAUUUCGCGGUCAUAUCAGUGGCGCACAAGUUGGGAUUGCGCUGAACAUUAUGCUUGUAGCAAACACGACAUUACUAAAACUUGUGGAGAAUUGGACUACGCUAGAGACAUCUCUCGGUGCCAUUGCUCGCCUGAAAACUUUGGAGGAAAUGACUCCGUCUGAGGGUGCAAAGAUCGAAAAUUUAGAACCACCUGAAAGCUGGCCUUCGAAUGGAAAUAUCCGGUUCGAUAAUAUCACUGCGUCGUACCGGUCCGAGUCUGUUGUUUUACGCAACCUGAGUCUGAAUAUUCCUGCAGGUCAAAAACUUGUCGUUUGUGGACGAACAGGCAGCGGUAAAAGCACGUUACUUUUAACGCUCUUGCGACUAUUAGAACUACAAUCCGGGAAGAUAGAGCUGGAUGGCAUCGAUAUCAGACAGGUUGGUUUAGAUUUGCUUCGACGACGGUGCUUUAUCGCGGUAUCCCAAGACCCUCUAUUUUUGCCAAACGAGACUCUACGUUUCAAUCUAGACCCCGACGGCUCAGAAUCAGAUGAUGAUGUCCUUGUUGCUGCGCUGAAAACAGCGGGGCUAUGGUCCCAUUUCUUCGAAGGCGACUCCGGUGGAAAUGGAAGAGCUACCAUCGUCAUCAAUAUCUCAGGUCCUGACGAGCAUCCAAUUCUUGAUCGGAAAGUCUCACUGUUUGAAAAGCUCUCUGCAGGGCAAUUUCAACUGCUGGCUCUUUGCCGAGCACUUGUCAAAGUCGGCUCCUUGCGACGCCUGGGAGUGAAGCCUGUGAUUCUCUUGGAUGAAGUCACGUCGUCCCUCGAUACUGCCACGGAAGCUGCCAUCCAUUGUAUCGUUGACAAUGAGUUUACCAAAAAUGGCCACACUGUCAUUAUUGUUACUCACAGAAUUGGUGCCUUGGAGGAGCACACAAAGGCUGGACGGGAUGCUGUGGCAUUGAUGGCGGAUGGUAGAUUACAGGAAGUUAUUGAAGCUAUAGGACCGGCGACGUUCCAGCGUGUAACUAGGCAAAUGGAAUAG